GGGCUCCCGGCUGCUCAGUCCGCGUCCAGCGAGCCGCGGGGACCAUGGAGCCCACGUCGUUGCAGGACUUUGUUUGUGCGCUGGACCCCGCCUCCCUCCCGCGUGUACUGAAGGUCUGCUCGGGGGUCUACUUCCAGGGCUCUAUCUACGAGAUCUCUGGGAAUGAGUGCUGCCUCUCCACAGGAGACCUGAUCAAGGUCACCCAGGUUCAUCUCAAGAAGGUGGUCUGCGAGAACCUGGGGACGGGCCAGACCAUUGAGCUGGACCCCAACUUCCAGGGCCUCUUCAGUCCCCUCACCGGCCACCGGAGCUAUGGAACCCUGGAGGAGCUGGUCUCUGCUACAAUCCACAGCUCCAAGCAGCUGCCCAUUUGGUUCAUGUCGACCCACAGAAUUGACACAAAGGCCAGGGUGGUGCCACAGGAGCAGCCCCUCAUGCUUGAGGCUGUGGAGAUGUACCUCGGGACCUGCAGCGCUCGCUGUGUGCUGAACAUGGGAACCGAGACGGUCAAUCUGCACCUGCCCCUGUCCCAGAAGGGAACCUUCUGGGAAUUGGAGACUGGUGCCCCUCAGACCCUGCUGCAGGCCCUGCGGGACCCAGCCUUGAGAGGACUCCUCCUUACUUGCCCCUCCCUCCCCUGGCACUCUGUUACCUUGAGGCCCCAGUAUGAGAUCCAAGCCAUCAUGCACAUGCGCAGGGCCAUGGUCAAGAUCCCUUCUACCCUGGAAGUCGACGUGGAGGAUGUCACCGCCUCCUCGCAACACAUUGACUUCAUCCAGCCGCUGCUGCUGAGUGAGGCCCUGGCCCGAGGGGGCCCCUUCCCCCUGACCACGGAGAUCCUAGAAGUUCCAAACGGGCCCCCCAUCUUCCUCAGUCCCUGGAUGGGCUCCUUGCAGAAAGGCCAGAGGCUCUGCAUCUAUGGCCUAGCCUCGCCACCCUGGCGGGUAAUGGUCUCAACCAAGGGCCGGAAGGUGCCCAGAUACUUCAUGGUCUCUGGGGCCUACCACGGCAAAUUGCGGCGACGGCCAAGAGAGUUCCCCACGGCCUAUGACCUCCUGGGUGCUCUCCAGCCAGGCCGGCCACUCCGGGUGGUGACCACAAAGGACUAUGAGGUCGAGGAGACGGGGCUCCCCGGGUUCACUUCCCUGGCUGUAGGAGACAGGCUGGAGGUGUUGGGGCCUAGCCAGGCCCACGGGACUCAGGGUGGGGACAUAGAUAUCUUGGUGUGUCAUCGGCUGAGUGACCUGGCUGGGGAAGAAGAGGAGGAAGAAUAUGAGGAGGAGGCAGAACACCAAGAACAGAUUAUGCUGCCCCUCUACUAUGCUGGCAGCUUCGUGGAGGAGAUGAAUGAUGGCCGACGCUAUAGCCUGGCAGAUCUGACUGCCCAGUUCUCACUGCCCUGUGAGGUUAAGGUGGUAGCCAAGGACAGCAGCCACCCUGCUGACCCUCUGCCCUCCUUCUCGGGCCUGCGUCUGGAGGAGAAGAUCAUGGAACCCUUCUUGGUGGUCAGCCUGGAUUCUGAGCCUGGGAUGUGCUUUGAGAUCCCUCCCCGGUGGCUUGACCUGACUGUUGUGGAGGCCGAUGGGCAGCCAGACCAGCCAGCUGGGCCUCUCCCCAUAGUCACAGUGGAGGAGCUGUCAGAUACCUUCUAUUAUCACCUUCGGAAGUUACCGACCUUCAAGAACCAACCCCCACCACCCAGGCCCCCAAAACGUCGGGCCCUCAGCGAACCCAAGAUACAGAGCAGCAAGGCGAGUAGCAUCAAGUCUUUUCAAGUCUCAGAGCUGCAGGAAUCCCCUCUGUUGCCCAAACUCAAGAUGAAAACCUUGCCAAAGGUCACCCAGGGCAAACCAGAUGUAUACAGCAAGGUUAUCCCUAAGAAGGGCCCCAGGCCCACUCAGUCCCACACACAGGAUCCAGGUGAUGAUGAACACGACUAUGAAGAAGUAGUUGAGAACUUACGGAAAACCCUCUAGAUGCUGGAGGAACCGUGCUUCCUAACUGCUGUUUCUCAGGGAAUCCUUUACGAGCCUUUGGAAGACCUUAGACAAGAUCUCACAGAAAUCAGACGGCGGACAGGGAAUGGCUUUUUGAGGCUGAUCUGAGGAAAUGGGAAGAACACUGCACCAGCUACCCUCAGGUUCUAGGUUCCUGCCACUGAGGGCUGGCUUGUUUGGGCCCAACUUGCACUUGAUGCCCUCAGACUCAGCUUUGGUAUCCAGAAGAGCCAACCGGCUUCUGUUGAAUCCUGCAUCCCCAACACCAGCUGUCCCACUGGGCGGUAAGAAAGGAAUAAAAGAAGCCACAAACCUUGGUGAUGGCAGCAGUGCCUCCUGCCUUUCGGUAAAGGGGGACUCAAUACUGACUGCACUGAGAGCCUUUACCUCCUCGUCCCCCUUCCUGCUCCACUCCUCCCCUCCCCUGCCAAGGUUCUAAGCUCUUGAGAGACCAGGACUGUUCCUCAUCCCUGUAGCACCUAGCACAUGACAGCUGUAGGUGACUACCCAAGAUCAUUUCACUCAAAAACUGUAAAAUAAAAAUGACACCUUAGCUUCUGGAAAAAUGACAAGAUAUUGCUUAAUUCUGCGUGCCAGACCCUUUACAAACCGAUUUAAAUCCUCAACUUUCUGAGGUAGAUAAGAGGCUGGUUUUAAAGAUCAGGAAACAAGCUUGAGAAGUCAAGUGUUUCAGGAAGCAGACUAGACAUGAACCUGGGUUAGGAUCCCAGCUCACCACCUAUCAGCUAUGACUGAGCAAGUUAUUUUAACUUAAGACUCAGUUUCUUCACAUGUAAAAUGAAAUGAAGUUAUCUACCUCACAGGAUUGUUUUAAGAAUCAAAUGAGAUAACCUUUGUAAAGCAUUUAACACAGUGCCUGGCACAUAAUAAACACUCGAUAAACAUGUAUCAUUAUUGACCAAGGCCAAACCUAUACUCUUUCCACACGCCCACAGUGUCUCCCAGUCAUGGAAUUCAUGUUUUAACUCAGCUUCCAAGGUCAUCCUAGGCUUGUUCAGUGAGGUAAGACCACAGACCUAAUUUCCUCAAGUGGUGGGACUGUGGUUUCCUGGGUUGAUGCAGUAUUGGAUUAAGCACCAUGGUCAGUAGACAAAAAGAUGAGUCUCCAGUGGAGGUUAGAGCUGAAAGAGGACGACACUUCCAACUCCUGGAUUCUAGGCACCACACCUGAGUUUGUCAUCCUUUUGCCUGCUAACAUCCCUCUGAGCUGUGGGGACCCAGGGCACUUCCCAGGGCUCCUGGCCUCCAUCCCCCUGCAUGGAGUCCUCCAGGAGACUGCUGAGCGGCUACCACAGGCUGUGGGGCCAGCCCUCUGUAUCUAGCACCCCAUUCUCAGCUUCCCACCAGGUCCCAUGCCCUCCUCCAGAAAGACAAUGCAAACUGCACAGGAGGCCCCUGAGGAAGACAGUACCCUGGGACAAGCAAUAAGCAUGAGAAACAAAAGCCCCUCCUUGACAUAGAACCCCUAGGGGCCAGGCCCACAUGCAAAAUGCCAAGAGCUUGAGCAAGAUCACAAAAGGCAGGGAGAGGAGAGGCCUGUCAGUUCCUACAAAAGGGGCCAAAGGCUGCAAUGAGGAGAAAGGGAAGCAACUUCACAACAGGGAAAGCUGGACUUAAAAGGAAAAUAUGUUUGAAAAUCACAACUGUGCAUAUUUGAUCAGAGUAACGAGGGUUGGCAGAGAACCAGGGAAGGCAGACACCGCCCUCAGGGUGCUUGUCUUACCUCUGGAAUCAGCCACUGGGCGUCGGGAGGGUGUUCUAAUGGGGCCAGGGAUUCCCCCAGCAGUGGUCUCCAAAAGUGAGCAGACACGCCUGGGAGCACACAAGGUAUUUGUACAUCCCUUCGUAUUUAUUUUUAUUUUAUUUUUUUAGCUGAGCCA